AUGCUUAGCAUAGCCAAUUCACAUCUAGAAUCUAAUGGGCUACUUACCCUUUUUAAUGCUCUAGACUCCGAGAUUCAAUUACAGGUUUUCCUUAAUCUUGCAGAGGAAUAUCGCUCAGAGAUUGCUCAGGACAACGAGGACCUAAUUGAUCGACUAGAAGGCUAUUGUCCUUCUAUAGAUAAUUACGAAGAUAACGUUGUCUUUGUUGGCCAACUCAAUACUUUCACUCUAGGCAGAUGCCAAAGGUGUGUCGCACGUGUCUCACGCGAUAUCAUACCCAUGUACUGCACUAUUCACUCAUUAGGCAUAGCUCCUGUCUCGUACAGUAUAUAG